UGUCACUAGCGAAGUCGGUUUGAAAUUGAAGCGGGCGAUGGCGGAAGCGAUGAUGGGAUAAUAACAAACACAAGACACAGCUCACAUUGUAACGGAUUAAUACCCACUUUUAUCUAACGUACCGAGCUGCACUAGCCGUCUUCGAUAUGGUCCAUGUCGUGUAUUGUUGUUGUUGUUAAAGUAACCGGAGCGGAGUUGCCGUUAGCUGAGUUAGCCAACUCGUCAUUUUAACGUCUUUUGGUUUUUAACAGCCGACUGCCAUGUCGCUAUUUAGCGUACAAGCGAGGAAGCACACGGCUUUCUACGACCAUCUAAUGUCAGCGUCCAGAACAGCGACGGACACGACGCUCGGCAAAAGUGAGAUGACAUCCGGAGACUCUGCGUGUGAGGACAGCAGGUCAUCUGAUAAAAGCCGACAGGUGAACAGGACUUAUGUCGUCUCUGCGCUGUCAAAAAGCGGCAGCGGGCAGCAGACCCCUGGCCGGGGCAGACUCACUCUGCAGAGGAGGUCAAGGAGGAGAACCGCGGAGAAGACGAUGGUUGAAAGCAGCCACAAUAGCACACCGGCUCCGGAGAAGAGGCUGACACUGCAGCGCAGGACCAGGACUCCCUCGAUGGAUAAAAGCAAGCACGGACAGCGUGGGGUCAGCGGUGCUGGCCUGCAGACAACCCCGAAGGUUCUCAGUGAACCAAACGGCAGGACACCUGCGUUGUUCAGGUCUAUUAGUUUAAGAGAGUCUGCAACUAAGGGUCAAGGAAGAGAGACUGCGGCAGCUGCUAAGGUGGAAGCCCACGCACACAGCAAGACGCCCUCCUCCUCCAUAGGCAGGCAGCUACAGGACCAGGCCCAAACUUUUAAAACCCCGACCAAAAAGACCCCGUUUGAGAAGAUCGCCGCCAGGAGAGACGUUUUCGAGAGACUGGCGGCGAAAGAAGUCCCUAAACCAGUGGCAGUCAAAUCUGCAAGUCUAGAGAGGCCCAAAUCCAGAGCACAGCAAGCUGGAGACGGGAAGCCCGUCGCAGCUCCCCGGGUCAGUAAAGUCUCUGCUGGUGUGCUGAGGCCGCACGCCUCUCUGCAGGCGAGAGAGACCUCCACUUCGAACCCAAAGCGAGACGUCACUCCUGCCCCAGCACCGAGCCAGCACACCCUGUCCCGACCCAGUGAGGCUCUCUCUGUGAACCAGCACAGUCCACUCAAGAUGGAGAACAGCGCGCUGACCGUUGCAGUCCGUGUGCGACCUUUCAGCGCCAGGGAGAAGGCAGAGAAGGCAUUGCAGGUCAUCUUCGUGAACGGUCAGGAGACUGUUGUCCAGCAUCCAGACAGACAGACCCAGUCCUUCACCUAUGACUUCGCCUUCUGCUCUGUGGAUGAGCGUGACCCCACCUUCGCCAGCCAGCAGACGGUGUAUGAGAUUCUGGCCAAACCCCUGCUGCUGAGGGCCUUCGAAGGGUUCAACACCUGCCUGUUUGCUUACGGCCAGACGGGCUCUGGGAAGUCAUACACGAUGAUGGGGUUUGGAGAAGAGGAAGGUGUAAUCCCACGGUUCUGCAAUGAGCUUUUUUCUGGAUUGGCCUCCAUGGAACAUGAUGAGGUCAAAUGUCAUGUAGAGAUGAGCUAUUUUGAAGUGUACAAUGAGAAGAUCCAUGACCUGCUUGUGACCAGAGAUGAGCCAAAUCAAAGGAGAAUGCCUCUCAGAGUAAGGGAGCAUCCAGUCCAUGGUCCCUACGUCGCUGACCUCUCUGCGAAUAUUGUGAGCUGUUACAAUGACAUUCAGGGUUGGCUGAAACUGGGCAACAAACAGAGAGCCACAGCAGCCACGGGAAUGAAUGAUAAGAGCUCCAGAUCUCACUCUGUCUUCACCCUGGUGAUGACCCAGACCCAGACUGAGCUUGUGGAGGGCGAGGAACACGAGCACAGCAUCACCAGCAGGAUCAACCUUGUGGACCUGGCAGGCAGCGAACGCUCCAACACUGCUCAGACAAGUGGAGACCGACUCAGGGAGGGUGCAAGCAUCAACAAAUCCCUGCAUACCCUUGGAAAGGUCAUCUCUGCCCUGUCGGAACAGACACUGACCAGCAAGAGGGUCUUCAUACCGUACAGAGAGUCUGUCCUGACAUGGUUGUUGAAAGAGAGUCUCGGCGGUAACUCCAAGACGGCCAUGAUUGCUACACUGAGCCCGGCUGGCAGCAAUGUGGAGGAAAGCCUGAGCACUUUGCGCUAUGCCCAGCAGGCCCGCACCAUCAUUAAUGUGGCAAAAGUCAAUGAGGACACCAGUGCCAAGCUCAUCAGAGAGUUGAAGGCUGAGGUGGAGAAACUGCGAGCGGCCCAGAUGAGCUCCCAGGGCAUUGAACCAGAGAGGGUCAGGUUGUUCCAGCAGGAGAUCUCUGCCCUGAGGAACAGACUUUGUCAGCAAGAGAGAGAAAUGACAGAGGCCAACCGGGCCUGGAAAGAGAAACUGGAGCAAGCCGAAAUCCGCAAACGUGAAGAGACCAAAGAGAUGCAGAAAGCAGGUGUGCCGUUCAAAGUGGACAAUCGUCUUCCUAACCUGGUGAACUUGAACGAGGAUCCUCAGCUGUCUGAGAUGCUUCUCUACAUGAUCAAAGAGGGUCAAACCACAGUGGGCAAGCUCAAGUCUGAGUCCAGCCAUGACAUCCAGCUGACGGGGGCCCUCAUCGCUGACCAACACUGUGUAAUAACCAAUAUCCAGGGUACGGUCAGCAUCACCCCAAUGGAAAAUGCCAAAACUUUCGUUAAUGGAAAUCUCAUAUCUGAGUCUUCAGUCCUACACCAUGGCGAUAGGGUGAUUCUUGGUGGAGACCACUACUUCCGUUUCAACCAUCCAGCAGAGGUGCAGUCUGGGAAGCGGGUGUCAUGUUGGACAGGUGCAGGCGAUGGUCAGAAGGACUUUGAAUUCGCCAAAAAUGAGCUGCUCGCUGCUCAAAGAGCUCAGCUAGAGGCAGAAAUUGAAGAAGCCCAUUUGAAGGCAAAAGAGGAGAUGAUGCAGGGGAUCCAAAUGGCAAAAGAGAUGGCACAGAAGGAGCUGUCUGACCAGAAGUCGCUUUAUGAGGACAGGAUCCGAACCCUGGAGAAACAGCUGAACGGGGAGAUUCAGCGCAAGUGUCAGCAGGAGAUGGACCAGCAGAGGGUGGCCAGUCAGGUGGCGCAGCUGAAACUGGCCAAGCAGGAGCUGGAGCAGGAGGUGGACACCCAUAAGACACGCCUUCGCCUGCACAUGGAGGCCCAGGCAAUGGAGGAACACCGUGUUCGUCAAGCGAGGAUUGUUGAUGCCCUGGAGGCGGAGAAGAGAAAGAUCAGCAAAGAGCUCGAGGAGAUGCAGAAGAAGCGAGCCUUGCGAGAAAUUCAGAGUCACCGGAAUGUCUCUCCACAGUGGGAUGCCAUGAAGUUGUCCCUCAUGAUUGAGGAAGCAAAUAAAAUCAGUGCUAAACUGAAGAAAAACACGGUGUUCAGCAGACAUGAAAGCUCUGAGGCUGACAACCUGGAGCAGGGUGGUCUGCAACAGGUGCGGGUUCAGAACACAAAGCUGGGGAUCACCACUUUCUGGAGCCUGGACAAGUUCCAAAACAACAUAGCCGCCAUGAGGGAACUCGAGCAGGGGGAUUCCACCUCUAAAGAUGACGAUGUGUUUUAUGACCCCGAUGAUGAGUGGGAGCAAGAUAUAUCGGCCUCCUCUGCUCCUGCCUCCUCCUUCUCACGCCGAAGGAGCAGGAGUUUGUUGAAGAGCAGGAGAAUCUCAGGACGUCUGUACGAGAUCCGCGUCCAUCCAAUUCAGAGCCUCCACAACGGCUCCUCACAGUCUGCUGGCUUGAUGGGUGUGGUCACUACACCCUCCAACUCUUCCAUCAGCACGGAGUCUGCAUUCCCUGGCAUCUGCAAGGAGUUGAUUGGCCAGUCAUUGGCCCGUCUGCGUGGUUGUAGUGUGACAGAAGACAGCAUGGCAGACAGGCUGGCCUCUGAUCUGCAACUGGUGUAUAUGGCAAUCCAAACCAUAUCUGACCUUUAUGACAGCCUGGAUGAUGACAGCCAGGAGAACGUCUUUGUAUGUAACUUGGUGGCCCAGACUCAGCUGGUCAAGGCCACCACAGCCAUAGAGAACGCAGUGUUUGUUACCAUGCAGUGGCUGGCCAGCAUUAAACCCUCCUCCGGCCUGCUUUACACCAUCGCUGAGGAGCUAAGGAGCCAAGUCAAGAAGAUGGGAGGAUACUUCCAGCUGCUCAUUCAGGGUUGUGAAUCUGAGAUCACAUCAAUGGUAACGGAGGCUAGCAGGAAGAGCAGUCGGUGCCUGGAUGCUGCAUUGCUUGCACUCGGCCACCUGGCGGCAAUGACAGGCAUGCCGUUGAACGCAAUGGAGCAGGGUACCCAGGCCACAGGCAAGCAAUCCGUUCUCAUGUGUCUGCUGAAGGGGACCGAUAAGGGCAUCGGCUCUCUUGUAGAGGAGAGCCUCACCAUCACAAGAGAAAUGCUGCGAGAGGCUCAGCUGGCCUACCCCAGGAAUCCAGUCUUGCAGAGCCUCAAGUCCAAGACGCUUGACUUGGCCCGUGCUCUACAAAGCUACCUGCAUUGCCAUAUCGCGGAGAGGGAGACUGACCCGGAGGAGGGGGAGGAAGAGGCCUCAGCUUCCCAUUUGCAGAGCCUGAGAACUACAGCGUCCAAGCUGUUCCAGCUGAACCAGGCCAUCAGACAGCUGCAUUCCUCUCUAUCUGCAGCACUGCGAGGAAAAGACAGAGACUCCAACCUCAGCAGCUGCAGAGAGCUGAUCAUCUCCUCUGCCAAGGCUGUUGAUGAGCUGAUCACUGGUCUGCCAAAGGAAGGGGCAUUGACGCUGGCCCUGAGCAUCAUGGCUGCACGAGACGAGCUCCACACUGCGCUGCAGUCGCUGUCCUCCUGGAAACAACAAGUGGCAGAAGAAAGCAGAAGCUCUGCGGCUUCUGAUAUGAGCGCAGAGGAUGAAAUGUUAACUAAAGAAGGUGCAACUACUCACUGUGCAGUUAGAAAUCGAGUUGUGAGUAAGAUGGUGUACUCUUUCCAUCCAGAUGUGUCGUCCAAAGGCAGCCCACACUGGGUGUGAUGUGCAUUUAUACUAUGUUAUUCUUUUAAAUGUGCUCAAAUCAUGUACGACUUGCUGUAAAAAAAAAAAAAAUGAACUGCUGAUAUUGAUGAAAAACCUUUAGUCAGCCUCCUGCUGGUAAGAACAAGUGGAUCAUACAGCACACACAUCACAGACUACUUUACUGUUGCUAUCCAAGUUGAUUUUUUUUUUUGUGACGUCGACACAGCCAACUCUGCCUUCUAUGUCUGCAUAUUUUCAUAGGGUUUAAAUUGCAAAGAAAAUAAUUAUGUGGGCAAACCUUUAAAACUACAGCAUUUAUUUCUAUCGUGUGGCUUCUGAUGUGUUGUUAAAAACACUGCUGUCAUAUCUAUUAAUUUGCUAAGAGCUUUAAAGAUAGUUUAGAUAAUAGUAUUGGAAACAAAGACUUACAUGACCACAGUGUGCAGAGUUUAACAGAGUCCUUCUUGAUGGAUAAACAAUUAGGAUCCAUGUUUGGCUAUAAGGAGAAUUUUCACUAAUGCUGUACCAGGCUUUCUUUGUUGUACAAUACUUUUCAGAGGCAACUAAGUUAUUUUUUUGUUGGAUUUUUUUUUUUAUUGUAUUAUUAUUCAGACAUACAAGAUUUCAAUAUGCGGCAGCUCAGGCACUCUUUUGUAAAAAAGAAAAAAAGAAAAUAAUAGUGAAAGGCUUUUUACCCUUUCUCUGCUGUAUAAGACUUCUUUUCUGUAUGAGUGUCCACUUUGUGUUUUCAUCUGUGUAAAGUUUUGCGCUUUUCUGUUGUAUAACACAUACUGCAACAAUUUGCACUCAGGAGAGACUUUGUAUACUGUGUUUCUUCUUAAUACAUGUACUUACACAAGCA